AUGACAAUCAAAAAGUUAAAAAAUGUAAACCUCUCAGGUUUUAAACUACUUCUGCCAUCUGUUUGUGUUGGAAAUGUUGCUCAAUUGUCAACUGAUCUCUUUAUUGAAUCAUUGAAGAUGGAGAAAUAUGCAUUGCUUUGGAAUGAAGGAGUGAUUCCUAUUUAUGGUCCUUCAGCAUUUACAUUCGAUAAGGAUGAAGUCACCACAGCAAGUGAAAUGUUUGUUUGUGAGAAAAAUAAACUUGUAAUUCUUCAAACACGAACACCGGUCGUUGCCGCAUUGUUACUUGGCUACAUAAAUGAAGUUUUUGAAUUUGUACAAAGCGAAAAUAUUUCUGAAGUUAUUAUUCUCACAUCAGCAUACAGUUAUGAACAGCAUUUUGUAGAAAAAAGUCCUUAUGAAUAUCUUAGCAACGAACUUAUGAAACGAAAGGAAUUUCCUGGGUUCAAUGAAUCACCAGCUGACUUUCGUAUUCCUGGCUGUGGAUAUGCGAAACAUCUUCAUCAGAGAGCAACCGAACUUAAUAUUCCUUCAGUGAUAUUUUAUAAGUAUGUAUCAGAAGGUGACAAUGUUCCCGAUGCUCUGCAAUUUUGUGAAAAGGUCAACGAAGUUCUAAAAGUUAUUCCAGUAACUGAAAACAAAAUUGACAUCAAAAUCCCACAUUCAUGGAAGAAUUUCUUCGGUUCAAGAGUUAAAACAGAAAUUUAUUAA